CCUUUGGGACCUCCGGGAUGUGCGUCCCGGGGAGAGAAAUUGAGGUGGGAAGAAGCGGAGCUGGCGAAUUAGUCCCAAACUCCACCUGCCCCUCCCCACGGCACCAGGUCUCCUCUUCCUCUGGCUUCCUCUCUCUCCCUCGCUCACACACACACACCGCAGCUCUCCUUCGGGUCGGACCAGACGCCAGCCCGGGGAGGCGGGGUUGCUGGAGGAGAGUCCGCUCUGCGCAAUCCAGUCCGGGACUUGGCUCCGCCCGGAGCGUCGGCCUCUCCGGUGACACGGGAGUAGUGAGCCGCACGGGGUGAGGCUGCAGCCAACUCUGCUCCCCACGCACUCGGCUGCCUAGGCGCUCCGGACGCAGCACAGGCGCUUUCCCGCGGUGCCGACUGCCGGCGAUGCCCGCCUAGGAGCGUGCGGCCGCGGCCAGCGUCGCCACGCCCGGGACCCUGCGCUCGGGGCUGCAGAGCCGGCCGGAGCCCGGCACCUCUGCCUCGACCCCCACCCCGCCCCCCGCCCUGAAAUGACUAGUUAAUGGGCGCUGGCACCGCUGAGGGGACUCAGAAGUGAAUCCAAGUGGAAUUUGGAUUUGGAAAAGAGUUUCUUGAACAUUCACCCUGGUCCUCGCUGGUUUUUCUUCUUUCUCUGUUUUUUUUUCCCCUUUUUCUUUUCUUUUUUCCCUUUUCAGUUUUUUUUUCCUUCCUCUCCCUCUUCCUCUUCUGUCAUUGGAGAUGAACACAGCUCGCUUGCAUCCCAGAAAGUAAUCGCCGUGACUGUUGCCCCCAAAGAGACAAGCACACAUGUAGGAAUGACAAAGGCUUGCGAAGGAAAGAGCGCAGCUCAAGGCCCAGAGAGAUCUUCUCGAUAAUGGAUUACUAAAUGGGAUACACGCCGUGCCCGUCCGCUCCGAGCCGCGGCCUCCUGCCCGUCGAUGCACCGAAAAGUUUCCACCUCUGCUUAUGUCAGAGGUAAGGUGAAAAGUGGCUGCCAGCACCCCUGUCAGAGGAUGGGCAACUGGGGGAACUAGAUCUUCCAAUUGGCACUGUCUCCUUGCAGUUUAUCUUUCAAGAUGGAAAGGAGUCAUGGUGCCUCUGGACCUUGACUUGCUUGUGACUCCACGUAGUACAGUGCAGAGGCUGACAUUUACGUAAUAACGGAGGGGCCGAGUGACAAAUGCAGCAGAGGGUGAAGUAGAGAAAUAAGUCUCCCCGCUGAACUACUAUGAGGCCAGAAGCCUUACUGCUAUGUCUCACACUGCUACACGGCGCUGGGGCUGCUUUCCCAGAAGACUCUGAGCCAAUCAGUAUUUCGCAUGGCAACUAUACAAAACAGUAUCCGGUGUUUGUGGGCCACAAGCCAGGACGGAACACCACACAGAGGCACAGGCUGGACAUCCAGAUGAUCAUGAUUAUGAACAGAACCCUCUACGUUGCUGCUCGGGACCAUAUCUAUACUGUUGAUAUAGACACAUCCCACACAGAAGAAAUUUAUUGUAGCAAAAAACUGACAUGGAAAUCUAGACAGGCUGAUAUAGACACAUGCAGGAUGAAGGGGAAACAUAAGGAUGAAUGUCACAACUUCAUUAAAGUUCUCCUCAAGAAGAAUGAUGAUACGCUGUUUGUCUGUGGAACCAAUGCCUUCAACCCUUCCUGCAGAAACUAUAAGAUCGAUACUUUGGAAACUUUUGGGGAUGAAUUUAGCGGAAUGGCCAGAUGCCCUUAUGAUGCCAAACAUGCCAACAUCGCUCUGUUUGCAGACGGAAAACUCUACUCCGCCACAGUGACUGACUUCCUGGCCAUUGAUGCAGUCAUUUACAGGAGCCUUGGAGACAGCCCUACCCUCAGGACUGUCAAACAUGAUUCAAAGUGGUUGAAAGAGCCAUACUUUGUCCAAGCGGUGGAUUAUGGGGACUAUAUCUACUUCUUCUUCAGAGAAAUUGCGGUAGAAUACAACACUAUGGGGAAGGUUGUUUUCCCUAGGGUGGCUCAGGUUUGUAAGAAUGACAUGGGAGGGUCUCAGAGAGUCCUGGAGAAGCAGUGGACAUCUUUCCUGAAGGCUCGCCUGAACUGCUCAGUGCCUGGAGACUCUCAUUUUUAUUUCAAUAUACUCCAGGCAGUUACAGAUGUGAUUCGCAUUAAUGGCCGUGGCGUUGUCCUGGCAACGUUUUCCACACCUUAUAACAGCAUCCCCGGUUCUGCAGUCUGUGCCUAUGACAUGCUUGACAUUGCCAAUGUUUUUACUGGAAGAUUCAAGGAACAAAAAUCACCUGAUUCUACCUGGACACCAGUUCCAGAUGAGCGAGUACCUAAACCCAGACCAGGUUGUUGCGCUGGGUCAUCCUCGUUAGAAAAAUAUGCAACCUCCAAUGAGUUUCCUGAUGAUACCCUGAACUUCAUUAAGACGCAUCCACUCAUGGACGAGGCAGUGCCUUCCAUCAUCAACAGGCCUUGGUUCCUGAGAACGAUGGUCAGAUACCGCCUGACCAAAAUUGCAGUAGACAACGCCGCUGGGCCAUAUCAGAAUCACACUGUGGUUUUCCUGGGAUCAGAAAAGGGAAUCAUCUUGAAGUUCUUGGCCAGGAUAGGAAGCAGUGGUUUCCUAAAUGGCAGCCUUUUCCUGGAGGAGAUGAAUGUUUACAACCCAGAAAAGUGCAGCUAUGAUGGCGUGGAAGACAAAAGGAUCGUGGGCAUGCAGCUCGACAGAGCAAGCGGAUCACUGUUUGUUGCAUUCUCUACUUGUGUGAUAAAGGUGCCUCUUGGCCGGUGUGAGCGACAUGGGAAGUGUAAAAAAACCUGUAUCGCCUCCAGAGACCCAUAUUGUGGGUGGGUAAAGGAAAGUGGUUCCUGUGCCCAUCUGUCACCCCUCGGCAGACUGGCUUUUGAACAGGACAUAGAGCGUGGCAAUACAGAUGGCCUAGGAGACUGUCACAAUUCCUUCGUGGCACUGAAUGACAUUUCAACUCUUCUACCAGAUUAUGAAAUGUCUUUCAACACAGUGUAUGGGCACGCCAGUUCCCUCUUGCCCAGCACCACCACAUCAGAUUCGGCGUCCCAAGAGGGGUAUGAGUCUAGGGGAGGCAUGCUGGACUGGAACGAACCGCUCGAGGCACCUGGCAGCACAGACCCUUUGGGGGCAGUGUCCUCCCAUAACCACCAGGACAAGAAGGGAGUGAUUCGGGAAAGUUACCUCAAAAGCAACGACCAGCUCGUCCCUGUCACCCUCUUGGCCAUUGCAGUCAUUCUGGCUUUUGUCAUGGGCGCCGUCUUCUCGGGUAUCGUCGUGUACUGUGUGUGUGAUCACCGGCGCAAGGACGUGGCUGUAGUGCAGCGCAAGGACAAAGAGCUCACUCACUCGCGUCGGGGAUCUAUGAGCAGCGUCACCAAGCUCAGUGGCCUCUUCGGGGACACCCAGUCCAAAGACCCAAAGCCCGAGGCCAUCCUCACGCCGCUCAUGCACAACGGCAAGCUGGCCACGCCGAGCAACACCGCCAAGAUGCUCAUCAAAGCCGACCAGCACCACCUUGACCUCACCGCCCUGCCCACGCCGGAGUCCACGCCCACGCUGCAGCAGAAGCGGAAACCCAACCGCGGCAGUCGCGAAUGGGAGAGGAACCAGAACCUCAUCAACGCCUGCACCAAGGACAUGCCGCCCAUGGGCUCUCCGGUGAUUCCCACGGACCUGCCCCUUCGGGCCUCCCCCAGCCACAUCCCCAGCGUGGUGGUCCUGCCCAUCACGCAGCAGGGCUACCAGCACGAGUAUGUAGAUCAGCCCAAAAUGAGCGAGGUGGUGGCUCAGAUGGCCCUGGAGGACCAGGCCGCCACCCUGGAGUAUAAGACCAUCAAAGAGCAUCUGAGCAGCAAGAGUCCCAACCACGGGGUGAACCUUGUGGAGAACCUGGACAGCCUGCCCCCCAAAGUCCCCCAGCGCGAGGCCUCCCUCGGUCCUCCGGGACCCUCGCUGUCGCAGACCGGCCUGAGCAAGCGGCUGGAAAUGCAACACUCCUCCUCCUACGGGCUUGAAUAUAAGAGGAGCUACCCCACGAACUCGCUGACGAGAAGCCACCAGGCCACCACUCUCAAAAGAAACAAUACUAACUCCUCCAAUUCCUCCCACCUCUCCAGGAACCAGAGCUUUGGCCGGGGAGACAACCCGCCCCCCGCCCCGCAGCGGGUGGACUCUAUCCAGCUGCACAGCUCCCAGUCCUCUGGCCAGGCCGUUUCGAGGCAGCCCAGCCUCCAUGCCUACAACUCACUGACGAGGUCGGGGCUGAAGCGCACGCCCUCGCUAAAGCCAGAUGUACCCCCCAAACCUUCCUUUGCUCCCCUUUCCACAUCCCUGAAGUCCAACGAUGCGUGUACAUAAUCCCAGGGGUUGGGGGCCAGGCGUCAAAGCGUCAGACGAGGCGAGGCACCCACCCAGCUCGGCAAGGUCUCCACUGCCUCGAAGUUUCCAUCCGACCAAGAUGGCCCUGGAGGAGCUGAGGACGCUGCGUCCUCCUCCCUGGGACACAGGGACACUCUCAAAAGUCGGGCGGUGUGGUUUUGUGAAGGCUUAGCAACAGUCACCUCCAUCCUCUUCCUUCACAUGCUUCCACAUCCGUACAGCAGGUCGGACUCUCAAAAAGACUUCAGUAAUCAUCACAAACAUGAGCCAAAAGCACAUCCCCACCCCACCCACAUGAACACACAUGCACAGGCGCACUUACAUGCGUGCACUACACACACACACACACACACACACACACACACACACACAGGUUAAAAAAAAGAUAAAAAACAACCACAUUUUGUCUGUGACUGCACAGGACCUUGCCAAACUUGGCUAAGCGUUCGAAACUUUAAAACACAAAAACUUUUUUUUUUAAAUCAUGAAAAUUAAAAACAACAAAAACAGAAAAAAAAAUAAAGAAUUCAUUGAUAAUUCUAACUCAGACUUUUAACAAUGGCAGAAGUUUACUAUGCGCAGAUACUGUGAAAUGCCCAUCAGUGUUACAGCUUUCUUAUAGCAGGUAAAUGCCAUGUUGGGCAAAUGAUGUCAUAGAUUUCUGCUCCUCUUCGCUUUUAAUGAAUAACGUGACCGUUAACGCAAAUAACUCUUAUUUAUUGUUCACCCUUUUUGUUUUUCCUUAAGGAAAAGACUUCCAAAUACCACCCGUACGAACAGCUCUGCAGAAGCCCGUGGAAAGUUAAACUAUUUAACGUGAAAUCCAUUAACUGGAAUAAUCGAGUUUCUUUAUUUUUACAAUAAAUCCACUGAGUAAAGAAGUUGGGGCUGGAAUUCUGAGCUUUGUGUUUGGACCAUCGGGUCAGUAGCUAAAGGAAAGUGCUAAGAGGGAAUAUUUAUUUAAAUCUCCCAGUUAAUUUGUCAGUUGGGUUUCUGGCCAAGAAAAAAAAAAUGUUUAACGAUCCUUCCAGAUCCUAACUUCCAACCAGGACAGAAAUGUUUAGAAUGGCACCCAUACCCCGUUGCCACACACACGGCUUUGUCUGAGGCUCCCCCUGUCAUGAAGGCACCAGCUUGUGAAAACCCCUCAUCUCAUUUCACCUUGCAUGUGAGACAGCAAACAAAAAUACACAAACUGUGUGAGCUAAUUAAUAUGCUGGCUGCUACCUUGCAUAAAUUAAUGAUUUGAUCACACGAGUACUUCAUGAGGUUGCAUCUGUGAAUAGCCUGUUUUCCACAUGUAAAUUUGUGCCUUACACCCUGAGUUGUAUACACUUGUAAAACUGUCGUGAUGAUCGACUUUCUUUUCCUACUUGAAAUAAAUGCAGAUAUUUAUUUAAACCCCACCCUCCACUCAGCCCUCUGGAAGAUUGGAGUCAAGCAAAUGGGAAAAGAAUGCAGAAGUGAUGGCUGUGACGCCGAAGGCUGGGUGACACCCUUUAGUGCUCUUUGCCUUCAGUCAUGCCACCUGCAACCAGAGCAUGGACACACACACCCCCCCGCCCCAGGGUUGUGGGUGGAAAAGCCCCUUUCCCAGAGCUCUCUGCUCUCAUUAUAUUCCCAGAUCAUUUCAAUAUGGUGACAUCCUCCUGAGCCAGCAGAGAUGGGACUAAAGUCCCAGCCCUCGUUUCUGCUGUGUCCGCUGACUGGAGGAUUUGCUGUGGUGGUUGGGCAGGCAACUGGCAGGAGUCUCCAAGCUGUGCCUUUAGCACACCCAUGCAGUGCACAGAGAAUCAACAAGGAAAUGGGCCAGGCAGGCUGGUCCCUGCUGUGAUUAAUGGGUACCCCAAAAUACAAGGCAAACCACAACCGAUGCUGCAAAAUCCAUUUUGAGAGUGCAAAAGGUGUUUUUGUUUUGUUGUUGUUUUUUUUUAAAUUUCUUUAUGUUUGUUGUUUGUAGAGGGUUGGGAGGGGAUGGUGUGUGUGUUAUUUUCGCCCCUCCCCUUGGUUUUCAUUUGCUAAAGCACAGAGAAGGAACCUUAGUUUACUCCAUCAUGAGCAAAAGAAUUGUCUUCACACUGUAAACCAUGAGCGUUGUUUUAAUAUGAACAGUUUAUUUGAUGGUCUCUUUGUCUCUUUUUGCAGUUUGAUCUGGAUUUUAGUUUUGUCUUCAAAAUAAAAUAAUUUAAAAAAAGAAAACCUUUCAGAAAGAAAAAAAAAUUGACAAAGCUAAAUUUGAACUGGUCAGUCACUCUCCUGUAUCCUCAGUCAGAGCAGUCCCGAAGAGCCGGUGGACAGCUGAGCACAGGCGCAUAGCUCUUUGUUCUAAGAGCUUCUCGCAGAUGAGCCAGGCUGUUGUUUGGGAUACCCAAGAUAUCCUGAGGCUUUGUUUUGCUUUUUAGUGAAGCCAUUGUUAAUGGCCUAUAACUAUUGUACCCCAGAACCACGAACACUUUUCAAGAAGCAGAUACUCUUUUCUUCCUCUCCUUUUCUUUACACAUACAACAAUUUUAAAAAGGUGGUGGGUGACAGUCACCCUGACACCUUCUCUUCCUGUUUGACUCCCAAGACUAUUGCCCCAACCUCAUGCCUGUGUUAAUGGGCGUCAUUGCCUCAGCUGUGUUAAGGAGACCUGUGUCAAAACGCACAUCCCAACCUCCCACAACCCAUCACUUUCAGUGUUAACCCUACAGUACCACAUGUAUUGAGCUGGUCUUCUGCAUUUAAGUGUCCCUCUCCCUCUCUGCCCUCACCUUGCGUGGGGUGAUUGUCCAUAAACCCGAGCGUGCCUUUGCUUUCCACCGUGGCUAGACACUGUAGAUGCAAAAAACUCAGACUUACGUUGGUUGUAAAGUUGUAAAAAUAUUGUGAUGUCACCAAUUUUCCUUCCGUCUCCACGCAUCCUAACAUCUGAUUCACAGUUUAAUGUAUGUUGUAAAAAAGGAAAAAACAAAAAAAGAAUGAAAAAGAAAAGGAGGAAGAAAGAAAAAGAAAGGAAAGGGCUCUUUAUUACUUAAGAGUAAUAAAACCAGACUGUUCUACGUUA